CGACAGCUAUAUGUCAUGUAUUAUAUACCUGCAGAUCUAGUACGAAAUUUACGCGAAGCUCGACUCUACCUAUCAAGCGUACGCACGUCGCUUAUUCAAGUGUUCCCUCUAAAAAUACCUUUGCUCGAUUCUCUCUCGCGCGCGCGGAGACGACGCACCAAGUAAGUACCCCCGCUCAGUGAUACACAACACUCUUACGUACAAGGCAACAAUCGGUGUAGUAAUAAUUAAUAAAGCUCGCGCGGCACCAUCAGCCUCGAUGGACAUCUUUCAGUAUCGCAAGUUCUUCAUUUACGCCCUGACUUUUCUGGCGUACGCCUGGUCGGGCUACGGGGCCGGCCUGCUGCAGAAUCUGCGCGACGCCGUGCUCACCGCCGAGACGGUCUUCACGGACCUGCUCGAGAACGCCGUCACGGUGGCGCACAAGAUCAAGGACAUACACGAGGUGUUCGACGCCGCCGUCGAGGAGCAUUGCGACUUUCAGUGCCCGUCCGGAGCCUCACCAAAAGCCGACUGGAACCACAAACCUCAGAGCAAUGGCUGUGGAUCAUUGGGCUUCGAGAUCGAUCAGCAGUACCUGCCCCUCGAAGAGAUGACCAGGUGCUGCAACGCCCACGACAUCUGCUACGACACGUGCAAUCAGGACAAAGACAGAUGCGAUCUCGAGUUCAAGCGCUGCCUGUACAGAUACUGCGACGGCUAUCAGCAGAGCGCCGCCACGGCGAUCGUCAACGCGUGCAAGGCCGCGGCCAAGCUGCUGCACACGGGAACCACGGCCCUCGGCUGCAAGAGCUACCUCGACGCCCAGAGGCAGGCCUGCUACUGCCCGAGCGCGGCUGGCGCGAAGAAGAACAACGACAACAGCAAUAAGAAAUCCCGCAAGGCCGGCGGCGAGCUGUGAAUCGGUGCGCGCUAAAAUUGUUGCGAAUUACUCCCGUUAAUACUCUUUGUAAAUAUAACAUUAUGUUUUUCUUCCUUAUCGUAAGUCGUGUAAAAAGCUCAGAGCAAUUUUUGUAAACUACGAAUUACGUGUACUUUACCUGUUGAAACGUUUCAAAUACACGAGUAUAUAUAUUUUUUAUAUUUAAAAA